UGUUAGUACUUGUGAUCAGCAAGAAUGACUUAAAGCCUUAUCGAGGAUUCACUCUCGCUAUCUUUGUUUAUCCAAAAACUGAAAAAAAUAAUGUUGAAUUUUAUGUCUAGGACUCUAGGUCACUCAAGUUUUUGCAUAAUGAAAUGAACCAUUUUAAAAAACGGUUAUUGCUCUCAAAGAAACCCGCAAACAGCUCUCUGUUGCCGUUACACGUACCAGGAUAUACACAAAAACAAUGGAGGAGAGAGAAAAAAAUAAUCAAAACCACUCAUGCAAACACAACACCCCAUCAUUCCUGGUUAGAUCUCACGUACCCAACAACGUAAACCAAAAUCCCAAGAAGAAAGUUACAUUCUUGCAUUGAAAUUCAUUUGGCUUAAUGUAAUGCACACCAACUGUUUGAUAAAGGUUAUGAUCAUUUUUGGCAAUUAUGGAUCGGUUCCGGUCAAGGUAUGAUAGACAAAAGAGUAUAGAUAGCCCAAGUGACCCUGCAUCUCCAGUGACUAUGUCACCGGUUCACCGUCACGCUCGUUCUUCGUCUUCUGGGGUAUCUGCCAUGAAGAAGCCUCAAAAUGUGGCUGCUAUGGCGGCGGCUCAGAGACUUGCACAAGUAAUGGCUCAUUCGGGCGAUGAUGAUGAUGAAGAUGAGGAUGAUCUCCUUGUUGAUUAUCAACCUGUGGGCGGCCUUGGGCGUGUUGCUGGAAGGCCUGGUAGACCUCGAUCUCCCAAGUCAGUUCGUCCAGCUGCUACUGAGCAACCUACGUCACUGCGAACUCCAAUGGGUGCUCGUCCAUCUUUCUCCGCCAAGAACAAUGAACAUCCAUUACCAAGACCAUCUUCAGCAGGUCGGCUAUCUCAGACCUCCAUUAACACUCAGGAGCCAAAGCAGUCAUCAACUCCUUUAGUAACCGCAGUUAAAGCAUCUAGGUCUUCCAUGGAUUCAAUAGAUAUGGUGGAAGAACAAAAUGCCUUGAGUGGAAGGGUAUCUCUAUCUGUUAGAACUAAUGGAGAACCUUCUGCUCAUUCCCUUGUGUCUGUGAACUCUGAGGAACACAAUUUACCUGAGCGAUCUUCUAUGGCCAUCAAUCCUUCUGAACAGCCUCCAUCUGCUCGUUCUAUCUUGACAAGUCGACCUUCAGGGAUUAAAUCAGUUACUAUGAUGCCCCCUGCUGUUAAAACAUCUAUGAAGCAACCAACUUUAUCGAGUCCUAUGGCUGGUAGCGUCAGUAGUAGGAGGUUGUCAUUGGACUUUGGAAGCAUGAUAUCAAGAGAGCCAAAAGAACCUAAUGAUCAGCUUUCUUCAACAGCCCUUCAAGAUGAGCUUGAUAUGCUGCAGGAGGAAAAUGACAGUCUUCUCGACAAGCUCCGAAUUGCAGAGGAGCGGUUUCAAGAUUCUGAAGCAAGAGCUAAGCAACUUGAGAAACAGGUUGCUAAUCUCGGAGAGGGUGUGACUAUGGAAGCUCGGCUUUUAAACAGAAAAGAGGCAGCCUUACAGCAAAGGGAGGCUGCACUCAGAGUUGCUUCACAGAAAUAUGGUGGCAAAACAGGAGAUGUUGUGGCACUUAGGAUAGAGGCAGAGACUGCUAGGGAUGAGGCAAUUUCUGCACUUGAUCAACUCCAGGAGUCCGAGUCUGAAUUAAGAUCCCUUCGGUCUAUGGUUCAUAGAUUAAUGUUGACGCAGGAAGAGAUGGAAGAGGUGGUUCUUAAGAGGUGUUGGCUUGCUCGAUACUGGGGUUUAUGUGUACGAUAUGGUAUCUAUCCAGAUAUCGCGGAAGCCAAACUUGAAUAUUGGUCAUCCUUUGCCCCACUACCUGUUGAGAUUGUUAUUGCUGCAGGACAGAAAGCAAAGGAAGACAAUCACUCAGCUAACAAUGAUGAGAAAAGGGAAAAGACAAUCUGUGAAGCUAAUGAACUUUCAGGAGAGGGAAGCGCUGAGAGCAUGCUUAUGGUAGAGAGAGGUCUGAGGGAACUAUCUGUACUUAAGGUGGAAGAUGCCAUCAGGGUUGCAAUGGCUCAACAUAGACGGAGAAAUAUGAAAAAACCUGCUUUUACAGAUGACUCAAGAUCUCCGAGUCUGAAAUUUGCAGAAGCGUUUGAUCUGAGUCAAGAGGAGACUGAAGAAGUGCAAUUUAAGCAGGCUUGGUUGAUGUAUUUCUGGAGAAGAGCUAGAAACCAUGGUCUAGAACCAGACAUAGCAGAUGAGCGCCUGCACUUUUGGAUCAACCAAAGUGCACGAGCAAGCUCCUCGCACGAUGCAGUUGAUGUUGAGCGAGGGCUUAUGGAGCUACGGAAAUUAGGGAUGGAAAACCAAUUGUGGGAAGAAAGCCGAAGAUGGACUGAGCAAGACUCCCAGACAAGAAGGCAAACAGACUUUUGAGUUCUGAAACUUUCUUUUGGAUCACAUGAACAUAUAUAGACUGUAAAUUCUAUUCUUUUUCAUGUGAUUAUUUCAAGUUGAAAAUCUCAAAUAUCCUCGUUUGAUGUUGUGGACAAUGUCAAGUAUAUGAGUUAGUUGAGGAAUUGUCUUAUGAUUAUAAGCAAUCUGUAAUAUGGUUAUACCACUGUUGCCGAAGUUGUAUAAGAGGAUAUGUAUUAUGUAGUCUUGUACGGAGUACUCCACAAGUGGUUAAAUGUCUAUAAUCUUUAAGGAUUAUGUUUUUUA